AUGUUAGCCUCUAUUCAGUCCGGUGUGUCCGGCACAGUCGUCACUAUCACACUAGCCGCCCGAGCGGCAAAUGCAUACACUCAGGUCAACGUCGGCUCGCCUUUCAUGCAGAAGAAUAUCGAUCCGAUUGUUUUCCCUGGGGAGUAUGAUAAAUCCCACAUGCAUUCCUUUUUUGGGUCUGAUGCCGUGACUAUCAACACAACAACCAGUGCAUCCCUCAGGGAAGGCUGCACGAAUGCUCAAAAUCCCAACGACCUUUCUAUCUAUUGGGUCCCCACUCUUUUGUACACCAAUGAUGAUGGGUCAACUUGGGAACCGGUUCCUUUGAGCCGUUUCAGCGCCUACUACAACUUAGGCGAGACCCCGGCAGAGGUCCCGAUUCCUGAAGACCUGAAGAUGUUGGCUGGUUCGGCAAGUGCAACAACCGCAGGCGAUUCCCCCGCCGACGCCCAGGUUGAAUGGUUCUGCGAGGGCGAUUCCGGCAUCUCAGCGGAUGAGAAUGGCUUCCCCAGUUCCACAUGCAGCACGCACCUCCAGACACUGCUUUACUUCCCGCAAUGUGUCAACGUGGACACGCUCGAGACGGCGUACAAGAGCCGUUCCUACGGUACAGCCAACUGGUGUCCGGAGGGGUCCAGCUCCAUGCCGCAGCUUCGAUUCAGCAUCCGCUAUGAUCUGCGCAAGGCACUGAGCAGCGGGUGGAGUGGCACGGCACCAUUGAAGCUGGCCUGCGGCAAUGCAUGGUGCAGCCACGGUGAUUUCAUCAAUGGCUGGACGGAGGAGGGUGGCAAGAAUCUAGUCGCGGCUACAAGCAGCAAGCGGGAUUAUAUCUCUGUGAAUGGCGCCCUGGGCAAGGACGGAGAGCAACCCAGUUGCAAGGCCACAGAUGCGGACCCAGACCAUGGCACCAGCGAUUACGCCGAGAGUGUCGCCGCCAUGGGCAAGCGCUCUGUGGACGCAGUAGGGUGGCGGUCUAGGUCCAGAUUCCAUUCAGCCAUGCGGAUCUGA